UCAAAGGUUAUCCAUUGAUACAGGACCUACUUUCGUACUCUCUGAGUGCUCUUCUUUGUAUACGGUUCGCAAUGGUGGCAUUUUUAGUGAUUUUUCUUUCGUUCGUGAUCAUCUCGUGCGUUUACCUGUACAAACUUAACAAAAUUAAACCGGAAAACUACCCACCUGGCCCGCCUAGUUUACCGGUAUGGGGAGGGUAUUGGUUCUUUCUGUUGGCAAAUUAUAAUUUUACCCAUAAGGCCAUCGAGAUAUUCUCCAAACGCUACAAAUCGGACAUUACCGGCCUCUACGCGGGUUCCUUUCCCGUAGUGAACGUCACCGGGUACAAUUUGGUCAAAGAGGCGUUAACGCGCGAGGAGUUCAUCGGACGUCCUGACAUUUACGCCACAAGGUACAGAUCUUUGGGCGAUCUCCUAGGUAUCAUAUUCACGGAUGGAUACCAUUGGAAAGAGCAAAGAAGGUUUUCUCUUCGCCAACUACGCGACUUUGGAUUUGGGAGAAGGUUCGCGCCAACUGAGGAGUUGUUCGAAAGCGAGAUUAAGGCACUGAUUGAGUACAUCAACACAAAUCCAUCUCCGGAAGACCACGAUAUCCACUGCAAGAAAGGGCGCGUACUGAUUCCCGAACUGUUUUACGGUAUAUUGUCGAAUGCGAUCUUACACAUGCUGGUCGGAAAGAAAUUUGAGGACAAAGAGAUGCGCGAAUUGGGCCGUUCGACUUUAAGAUUCGUGAGAAACAUCGAUACCACUGGACGCGCCCUGAGUAUCACGCCAUGGGUCAGACACUUGGCGCCCCAAUACUUCGGAUCCAAACCGCUGAUCGAAGAAAACGAGCGCGUUCGAGACUUCUUCAUGAAACUGGUCGAGGAACGCAAGAAGACCAUGUCGGACGAUUACUACGGCGAUUUCCUCGACACCUUCCUAGGCAGAAUGCACGAUUUGCAACGCGAAAACGCCGAGCUCGGCAGCUUCACCGAGAAGCAGUUGAUUUGGACACUCGUCGACUAUUUCUUCCCUGCCCCUAACGUCAUCGGCCCAUCGUUAAACAUGCUAUGGGCGCACCUAUGCAAAUAUCCCGAAGUUCAAACGAAGGUGCAGGAGGAAAUCGAUCGGAUUGUGGGUAGAUCUCGCCUACCCAACCUGGACGACAGGAAAAACAUGCCCUACACGGAAGCAGUCAUACGCGAGUCACUCCGCGUAGACCCAGUAGUCCCAGUAAACACACCGAGACGGUGCCUCCAAGACACAACUCUCGGAGGCUACUACAUACCAAAGAAUGCUCUCAUACUGAUCUCGAUAUGGGGUGCAAAUUACGACCCUCGCAUUUGGAAGGACCCGAACGAGUUCAGACCGGAAAGGUUUCUAGACGAAGACGGUAACUUGCUGAAGAAGGACCACGUAUUGUCUUUCGGAGCGGGCAAGCGACUGUGCGCGGGAGAAACUUUCGCGCGCAACUGCAUGUUUCUGAUGUUGGCGGGACUCCUGCAGAACUUCACCUUCAGACCGGUGGGGGAGGCGCCCGAUUUGGACGAUAAGAAAUGGGGCUUCAUUUGUGACAUUCCGGCGUUUUGGGUGGACGCUGUUAGUAGAUAGCGUAGUUUAGUUAUUGUAUUAUCAUUUUACAUUUAGUAAAAAGUUAUUAUAGUU